AUGCAGUCGCGAGGAGGUGUACCUCAAACAAUAGAAUUUGAAUAUGGUGCGAAAGGCCACUGGAUUGGAAACAAGAAUGCACGUAAUGUAUUAAUCUGGUACCACGUCUCAUUCAAUGUUCGUCCGCUGCGGUAUCCAACGCAGCUUAUUCAAUCCGUCGAAGGAUUACGAUACAUUCUAACAGAAACUAAUCGUACCCCGGCCAAUAUUCUGCUAGGUGGUGACUCUGCAGGCGGCAACCUGGCCGUCGGUGUUCUCUCACACCUGUCAUCACCUCAUGAAGCAAUAGCCAAACUAGACGUCCAGGAACCGCUAGCAGGGACUGUUCUUAUUGCACCCUGGACUUCCCUCGAAUACUGCUCCUUCAAGCUGGUUUAA